ACUCAAUCGGCCGUACCGGUUACCGGCGUGCCGCGCUAUCUUCUCUUCUAACUUCGCGCAUAUACACUCAAACGCAUACGCCCGCACGCCAAAAACAUUGUACGAGCGCGCACACACAUCGGGGUGUCUGUGGUUUGUGUUGUGAGCUACCGCCGUAUUAUCGUGUACCCGGACAAUAUCAUAGUAUAAUAUUUUUUCAUCAGCACCUCCACUAGAUUUUCGUUUUUACAAUAAAUUUAAGCCGUACGAGUUCAACGCCAAGUGUUAGUAAUAAAUUAACAGUUACCGUGUAUCAAUUACAGGAAUCCGAUUCAGUUUUGUCGAGUUAUAUUUGCUUAGAAAACCGUUUUUAACCCGCCCUGCUUGGAGAGCAAACGAAAACCGAGAGAUUCACUUAUCGCACUAUGCCGUCGGUUCUGGUUCUUCGCGAUCAGUGUCGCUGUCCGGUUUCGUUCGAUGGCCGGUAUACGAUGAGUGAACGGUUGUAGUGCGGACGAUGAGGUGGUGCGUAUCACUGGAAGCGUGAAGAAAAAUGCAACGUGAAACAACGACCGCACUACGACAGAACAAGGCAUCAGCGAAAACAUGAACACCUCCGCCGGACUGCUGAUGACCGUGUUAUUCAUCUGUUCACGUUUCAUCCGAGGUUGCUGGUGUUCAGAAGACGAAGAGCGUUUAGUUAGAGAUCUCUUCAGAGGCUACAACAAAUUAAUUAGGCCAGUUCAAAACAUAACUGACAAAGUAAAUGUACAGUUUGGCUUAGCAUUCGUACAGCUCAUCAAUGUGAACGAGAAGAGUCAAAUUAUGAAAUCCAACGUUUGGUUAAGAUUGACAUGGGUAGACUAUCAAUUACAGUGGGAUGAAGCAGACUAUGGCGGUAUACAAGUACUUAGAUUACCACCCGAUAAAGUAUGGAAGCCUGAUAUUGUGUUAUUCAACAAUGCUGAUGGUAACUAUGAGGUUCGUUAUAAAUCAAAUGUAUUAAUUCACCCUGAUGGACAAAUGCUAUGGGUGCCUCCAGCCAUUUACCAGAGCUCAUGCACUAUAGACGUUACAUACUUUCCAUUUGAUCAACAGACUUGUAUAAUGAAAUUUGGUUCUUGGACAUUUAAUGGUGAUCAAGUAUCAUUAGAGCUUUAUAACGAUAAACAUUUUGUAGAUCUAUCUGAUUAUUGGAAAUCCGGAACAUGGGAUAUUAUAGAGGUACCUGCGUAUCUUAAUGUAUACGAAGAGAAGCCGACUCAAACUGAUAUAACGUUUUACAUUGUAAUCAGGAGAAAAACUCUAUUCUACACAGUAAAUUUAAUACUGCCUACGGUCCUCAUAUCGUUCCUGUGUGUGUUGGUAUUUUAUUUGCCAGCUGAAGCAGGAGAAAAAGUUACGCUGGGCAUCAGCAUAUUACUGUCACUUGUCGUCUUCCUACUGCUUGUCUCUAAAAUACUGCCACCUACCUCAAUUGUGUUACCGCUCAUAGCCAAAUAUCUGCUCUUUACAUUUAUAAUGAAUACUGUCAGUAUAUUGGUUACUGUUAUCAUAAUUAAUUGGAAUUUUAGAGGUCCUCGAACUCAUAGAAUGCCACCUUGGAUACGAUCUGUGUUUCUUUACUAUCUACCUGCGUGUAUGUUAAUGAAGCGACCUAAAAAAACACGGCUAAGGUGGAUGAUGGAAAUGCCUGGCAUGAGUGGACCGCCACAUCCACACCACACAUCUCCCUCAGAUUUACCCGCACCUGUACCUCCAUGUUCCGCGACUCCGUCCAAACAUAAUAUGGAGGUGAUGGAGCUGGCUGAUUUGCAUCAUCCCAAUUGCAAGAUCAACCGGAAAGCAAGUGCAGAACGGCGGGAGAGUGAAAGCUCAGAUACAUUAUUAUUGUCUCCAGAAGCGUCUAAAGCUAGUGAAGCGGUAGAAUUCAUUGCAGAACAUUUAAGAAAUGAAGAUCAGUACAUACAGAUAAGAGAAGACUGGAAAUACGUUGCUAUGGUUAUUGAUCGUUUGCAACUGUACCUGUUUUUUUUUGUAACCACCGCCGGAACUCUUGGUAUACUAAUGGACGCACCUCACAUAUUCGAAACUGUCGAUCAAGACAAAAUUAUCCAGAUCUACAGUGGAAAGUAAUAUUUAAAAAUAACAUGAUUUAUAGAUGAAAAUGCUCAAGUUAGAACUAAUUUGCUUCAGUCGAGUUAAUUAUAUAUGAUAAUAUUAAUAAUAACUAAUAAAUGUUAACAAUUAUUUAAAAAAAAAAAACAAUUUUACUAUUAUAUAUUUAUACAUAUACAAAUAACUUACUGUAUUCAUUAUAUUGUUAUUAUUAAUAAGAAGUAUAAGUUAGUUAGCUAAGUGCCAAAAAAGAAAAGAAUGUUAUUUAUUAUUAUUGUGUAAUAUAAAUUUAUUGAAGUAAAAUUAUAAGAAUAAAUAAUAUUUAUUAAUAUUUUUAGAUUAGCAUAACAAGUGGAAAAAGCCUAUUUGUUAAACAAUGUCUCGAACGCCUAAAAGUAAAAAUCAUUAUUAUACUUAUACAUAGUAUAAUAACAUAACACGAAGUUAUUAGCAAUUAAUACUCACGAAAAACAUUUAUUAAUGCUCUCUCAUUAAUUUUGAACCUAAUGUACAAAAGGGUGGUUUUUGUUCAUGUGAAACUUAAACAUUUCUUUACUUAGGACUAAAAUAUAAAACUAAUUAGUAUAUACAAAAUAGUAAACUUCUGUUUUUUUAUUUUUAUUAAUUCUUAAUAUUAUUAAACAUUUAUUUUAACAUAUAAUUUUAGAUAAGAUCGUGCUUAUUUAUUUACAAUAUAUUAAGUAAUUUCACAUUUAGAACUUCUUAUAGAUAAUUAAUAAUUAGAAAAAUUAAUUUGGUAGUCACAUAAUGUUAACAUUCUAUUUUUACAAUUGUUUUCAUAAUAAUAGUCUAAACAUUUUAACUAAAUCACCCUGUGUACAUAAAAGUAAAAUAAAGUAUAAUUUUUGCUCAAAUAAAAUAUAAAUAUCUUAUAUUUUAAUAUUUUUAUUUUCAAACCAUAUUCAAAGCUUAUGUCUUUAAAAAUAUUAUAAUGUUAUGCAUUAUAAUAAAAUGAAUGUAUACAAAUGCAUUAUUACUAGAUAUUACAUUGUUGGAUUUUCUUUUAUUUAGAUAGUUAUAAUAUCUUCGCUCAAAUAUUUUUCUCUUAUCUUAAUUAUUUUUUAUGUGUGAGACGUCCGAGACAUGUUCAUUGCAAUUUAAUAAAAAAAUGUUUAUGUAUUCUAUCUAAGUAUUACUUUGAGUGUUAUACUUAUUAAUUUUUUGUUUUUAUGUUUUAAAUUAUUUGUAUACUUCUUCUACAGAUAUUUUAUUCUAAAAUAUUUUACCAACAUAUAAUACCCAUAGUAUCUUAUGCACGUGUUUUAUGUUGAUUUUAAUAUCUUAAUAUUAUUCAUUUUUUUAAAGUUAUCGAUGAUAAUUUCAUUAAUAGUACAUCAUCUGAGCGCAACAGCUACAUAUACAUAAUUUUUACAUUUGUGACUGAAGGUUACGUGCAAUUAUGGUAGUAAAAAUUGAUUAAUAAUUAAAAAGAAUACUUAUUUACUGGCUAGUCAAUGUCAAGAUUUUUUUGGAAAUUAUCUUGAAAUGUAAUUAACUUCUACCAGUCCUUAUAUUUAAACUCUUAAUCUAGUAUAUAACUUCAAGUUUUAUUUACAACACCUUUUAGAUAUAAAAAGAUCAUUAAUUAUCAAAUUUUUUACUACCCAAAUGUACUGAUCACGCAAUCUUCCUCACAAAAUAUUUCUAUAACAGUUUAAUAUGAGUUAAAAUAAGACUAAUUUUCGCGAUAUAAACCGUAUUUGCAAUUUUUUUUAGCAAAUCAAUGUUAUGUAACUAAAUAAAUUAAAUUAAACAUGAAAUAACUACUCUAAUCAUUAAUUGUUAUAAUAAUAUAGUAUGCACUAACGGCAUAUGGCUCACGUUAGUUGUGUACUAGAUUUUAGUUUAAAUUAUUGUUUUAAGAAAAAAGUUAAUUGUUUUUGUGUAGGGUGUGUCGCAAAUUUUGAUGUACGUACAAUUUUGUUACUGAAUUUUAAUAAAAUUAUACUAAUGUUACUACCCUUGGUAAGAUUUUUUUAAAGUAUUGUAUAAAAAUAAUAAGUAUAGUUAAGUCAUGGAAGAUAAACAACACACAUGUUACUAUCAUCCUUGUACACAAAUAAAUUAUAUAAGGAAUUCAGACAAUCUCAUACAAUUGUUAAAUUUUAUGCAUCUUUUUUUUUUUUUGACUAGUGUACAAUUAUCAAUUUUUUUAUAAAUCACAGGAUUUUAUGUAUAUUGCGCGAUAUUCGAAUGAACUUGCAUGUUUUUGACUAAAAGAACUUUUAUUAAUUUUUUUUAUCUUCUAAAUUACCUAUUGCAUAACGUUUUUUUCGAUUUAGCUUAGUGUAUGUCUUCAUUAAUUAUUUAAAUGUUAUAUUACUCUUAAAUGCAUCAAUACUGAAUUUGACGAAUUAUAUAAGAAUGUGAAGUUUUUGUUUUGUUUAAACUAGUUUAUUCGUUAUUUAUUUAAUAUAAUUGUUUAAAAAAGUUUAGUUUUAAAGAUAAUAUUAUUGUUCAAAAAAUAUUUUUUAAGUUAUUCGUAAAACUUCAAAACAAACAUAUAAUCUAAACAGAUAUAAUCUAAGUUAAACUUUAUCAUUUAAUA